UUCUUACAAGCAAGUUAGGUUCGUAGCUUAAAUGGCUUCUCCUUCUUGUCAUGAAGUUUAGGUAUCGUCUGUUACGGUUUGGAUUGCCAAAUGCACAAUGUAUUUCCCCCUGGGGUGGCCGAAAUACCUGAAGCUAAUACCCGAUAAAUCUUCAUGUCCCCAUUUCAUUGCCAGCAACUGUAAUCGUAUGCUUUUUGCUGUGCUGUCAGAAAAUACGCUGAGUAUAUGGUACUGCCGGCCAUCCGUUCAAAUAGUCAAUUUUAAACUUUCCACAUCCAAACACAAAGAAGUUGGAGAUUGUUGUUUAGCAAAAUGGAAAGAUGAUGCAUCACUCAUUGCUGUCACGACGAGCAAGAACUAUGUACUCUUUUUCAAGGUUGAUCUUGAUAGAUCCAUUCCAAAUCAUCAUUGUCUUUAUGUCCAACAUGAAAAAAAACUUUGUGUACCAAAGCAAGAUGUCAAUGGAAUUCUGGAGGCUGACAGUGUUCCUGCCAUUGAACUUUCUCUACUCUCAACACUACAAUGUUCCUCAUACAUAACAUGCUUACAAAGUAACCAAGAUCAUCUCAUUUUCUCCACUGUUGAUGGUUAUUUACAACGAAUUCCCUGGAAAGACAGGUCUCUUGAGUAUGUUGACAAAAUUAACAUCCCUUCCAUAUCCAUGUCUACAGAUCUCCAACAUUGCCGAGGUGAGAUGGCUGCUAGGUCUAACGCAAACUCUUCCCGUUCCACAGACCGAGACAGCUAUGUGACACAGUUUGAUUACAGCCCCUUUCUAAGAGGUUACAGCCUGGUGCUAAACACAGGGAAAGCAGCAUUUGCUUUUGAUAAUCGAGGAAUCUUAGCCAAAGAAUUAACAGAUGCUGUUUGUGUUGCUAUCAAUCAUCGUUAUCAAUUAAUUGCAUAUGGAUGCUAUAGUGGUGAAGGAAUUGUUUACUCAUUUGAUGAAAUGGUUGGUGUCCUUGAGGUCUCACAUUACUUGAAAGUAUUGAAUAAAGAUUAUCCAGAUGCUGGAGAGAUGAUUGGUGCUGUGUCUUGUAUGAAAUGGACACCUGAUGAAACAGCUCUGGCUAUGUGCUGGCAACAUGGUGGAUUCUCACUCUGGAGUGUUUUUGGUGCUCUUUUAGUAUGCACUCUGGGUGGCGAUUAUUGGUUCCCAAAAUCUGAAAGUAAGCUUUAUCCUUCUCCUGUUAAAAGCAUGGAGUGGGGUAUUGAGGGAUAUCACCUAUGGAUGAUCUGUAAAUGCUUUACUGAGGAAGAUAACUCAUCUACUGAAGAUGAAGAUCCAUCUGAAGAGGAGGAAGAGGAGUCCCCUUCUACUCAACUUUUACAAAUGCAGUUUGUGAAAAGUUCUUUAACAUCUAAUCCUUGUAUGGCAAAUCAUGAACACCUUUUCCUUCAAGGAGAUAAUAAACUUUAUUUGAAUAUUGGAGACUCGGUUUUUAAAGUUUCAAACUCCAAUGUGUCCCCCUCUGUCACGUCUUCCCCCAUCUCUCAUGUGUUGGUUGGAAAUAAACAGUGGCAGGUUAUACCAAUCUCACACAGCUACCUCUCAGCUAACUGGCCAAUAAGAUAUGCUGCUGUGGAUCGAUCUGGUCAGUGUAUUGCAGUGGCUGGUAAAACAGGACUUGCACACUAUGCGUUACGUAAAUGGAAACUGUUUGGUAAUGAGACACAGGAGAGAGAUCUGGUGGUAUUUGGUGGCUUAACAUGGUGGAAAGACUUUAUCUGUGUAGCUUGCAAUAACUUAGUAUCACAUAAAGAUGAGAUUCGCUGCUACCCUCGCUCCAGUAAAUUAGACAAUGCAUUUGCAUGUGUUAUGAAAGUUCAAUCCAGGGUUCUACUUCUCAAUACUUUUGGAGACAUACUAAUUAUUUUUUGUGAGGACUCCCAUAUCAUUCUUUAUAAACUGGAACGAAAAAAUGGAACAGCAUAUCCUUCUGUUAACAUCACAAAAGUCCAAGAAAAUUCCUUACAGAAUUCCAUUCCUCAUCCAUUAUUUGUCACAGGAAUUACUUUAAGCUCAAUCAGGACAGAAUCUGGUUCACGUCUGCAGAAACCUUUGAAAGAUGCAGAAAGUAUUUUGGUUAAUCUCUCUGGUAAGCUGUUGAUGUUCCAGCCAGAGAAAGCAUCAUCUCAUAUGAAAGCUGACAACAACAAAUAUUCCUUGGAUACGUCUUUCUGUUCACCUUCUGUUGUUGCCACUUCUGUUGAGAACCUCUGGACAACUGCAAAAGCCAACCUUGGAAAAUUGCAGUUAAUGGAAGCCUUAUGGCUUGGAUGUGGUUCCCAAGGAAUGAAGGUCUGGUUACCUCUGUUUCCUAGGGAUGAAGGGAAAACACACAAUUUCAUGUCAAAAAGAAUAAUGUUACCGUUUAAAGUGGACAUUUACCCCUUGGCUGUGUUAUUUGAAGAUGCUGUAAUCCUGGGUACUGCUAGUGAGACGAUAUCAUACACCUUUGCUACCCUCAACCGACAUCUGCCAUCUGAUUUACCAUAUUUGAUGCUGGACCGAACUAGUCAGAUCUACCUCCACCACAUUCUCAGACAGUUAUUACGGAGAAAUUUGGGUGUUCAUGCACUGGACCUAGCUCAUUGUUGUACUGAACUACCUUACUUCCCACAUGUGCUGGAAUUGUUGCUACAUGAGGUGCUCGAAGCUGAAGCCACUUCAAAGGAACCAAUUCCAGAUCCCCUUCUUCCACGCGUUGUUGCCUUCAUCCAGGAGUUUCCCGAGUUCCUGCAGACUGUGGUCCACUGUGCCAGGAAGACAGAGGUUGCAUUGUGGCCUUACCUUUUCUCCAAAGUUGGCAACCCAACAGAUCUUUUUGAGGAUUGUUUAGCCAGUGGCAGAUUACAAACUGCAGCAUCUUAUUUGAUCAUUUUACAAAACUUGGAGAAGCCAUCUGUCUCACGUCAGCAUGCCACUCUCCUUCUGGAUGCCGCCCUGGACAAGAGCCAGUGGGAUGUUGCCAGAGAUUUGAUUCGCUUCUUGAAAGCAAUAGAUCCCAGUGAAGUUGAUUCAUUACCUCCCGGUGGUGUGUUGACUCGCAUGUCAAGUAACCCAAUGUACAGUUCAUCUUAUCACAGUCCCCCUAUUACCACAGAAAAGCCAGCCUACCCCCAUGUUCAAAGGAGUGCCAGUUUCUCUAGUUCUGAACUCUCAGCCACUGAAACUAACCGACUCAAUGACAACACCAAAGUAACUAAUAAUCCUCAAGACUCCUCUUCUCAAACAAGCAAAAGAAGGAACUCUCGUUCAAAAGAGGAAACCACUGACCAGUUUUGUAUUGACAGCAUUCUUGAUCAACAUGCUAGAAAGCUGCUCUCUUCCCAUCGCCUUAGAGAUCUCGGCAUGUUUGCAGCUAAUAUGGAAGACUUUAAGAUUAUACGAUGGCUGAGGAAGGAAAGAUUAAGUGCUGCCAAAGUUGAGGAUUUUGUAAUGGCUGUGAGAGAAGUUCAUCUUCAGUUCCAUUGGCCAUUUCCAAUUCCCCCUAGCUGUCAUUAUCAACAUCUGAAGAGAACACUGGCUGCAUCAAACUGCAACUUGACUCCAUCAUCUGGUUCACCUGCCUACAUGGAUCUUAUGAAUGGUCUGGAUUCUGAGUCUCCAGCUGCUGCCACAAAAUGUAAUUCUGAGCUGUUGAAUCUGGAAACCUCACAGCCACUUACUGUUGAUUCAAUCAGUUCUGCUUAUGCAUCUGCAGAAGUUUUCCUAAAGCCACAAACAAACAAAAAUGAAGAUAGCAGCAUUGCAACAACUGAAGUACUGUCAGACAACAGUUCUUGGUUGGCUGAGCAAGAUGUUAGUGCUGAUCCAAUCACUUUGUCCUCAGACCUCAUCUCACAAGAACUUGAAAUGCUAUCACAAGAAGUUGCUAACAAAGGUCCUCCCAUAUCAGAUCUUGAACUCAGAUACUUGUUGCAGCUGAUUCUAGAGGCUGGUUGUCUAGAAUGGGCCCUCAUCAUUUCUGUGGUGCUUCGUGAUACUUUGGCUGUGGUUCGUACUGUAAAUACUGCAAGCAUGACAGAUACACCCCUAGAGAUGCUGGGGCGAAUGAGGGAGGGCUUAUCUUACCUGGAACUCUGGGCAGAAACAGAAUGCAUUGGCUACAAAACCUUCUUUCUUACAAUAAACGAGCAGAUUCAAGUGCUUGAUAGAAUUGCCAACCAGAUGCCUGCCAUUACUAGACUGUCUGUAUUACCAGUUGAAGAAACUCCUGUCCAUAAUGAAAGCAAGACCCUGUCACCAGUCGUGCAGACAAUCCGAACUGAUAGUGUUGAGAAGAACAACACUGAACCUGAUGAAGAUAAAAACACUAAGACCAAUGAUUGUCUUUUAUCUUGAUAACAACCCACCGAUUAUCUGUGUAUAUCUUUCUGUGACAUAUAUAUAUAUCUCCUGGGAACACUGUAUUGGCUGCUACCAUUCCUCUACAGCCUCACUUCUUCAUUGAAACACAACACACCACAACUGUCAUUACACCAACAACACAGUACCAAUGUCCUUCAGUGAAUAACAAGUUCCACUUUUACCUUCAACCUGUGAACCAGCAAAAUUUCAAAACUUCAGAUCAUUUCCUCCUUUUCUCCUUCUUUCUCUUCUUGUCUGAAAACAUUUUGAUAUUCUUCAACAACAUAAAAGCUAUAUUUUCUGAAUAUAUUAUAAUCUUUAUGCUUCUCUGUAGCAUCUUUUUUUUUUUUCUUUUUGUCUUCUCUCUCUCUAAUUAUCUUUUUUUUUUUUAAACUAAAGCUCUAUUUUAAUGAAUUACAUGACGACAACUGACCAUCUUAGCUUUCAUACAAAAAAAAAAAAUAACAAACAAAAAAUAUUACAAGCCGAGACAAAUCAUGAGUAGUUAUAUUGUUCUCUGUCUCUGUUAUGGGCUCCCAACCCUAUACCUACUGCCGUUUUCUUUAUCCCAUUUUCGAUUUUAAUUCCCCCAUCCCACCCCACCAGUCCUACUGCUUUUUAUUGCCUUGUAUCUUAUUUCAAUAUCAUCUUCCACAAACUAAAAAUAAGACGAGAAGAAAGAAGAAAAAAGACAAUAAAUAAAAUAUAAACAAUGAAAAAUAUGUACAAACAAAAUUUAAAAAAAAAAUAUACAAAACAGAAUAAAAUGAAAUUCUGUAAAUAAUUAAAAUAAUUUAAAAAAAGAAAGGAAAAUAGAGAAAAUUAUGUGUAUUAUUUUUUGUGAAGUUGGACCAACUGCAAAUUGCAGUGUGCAGUAAUGAUUACACAAUGGUGUAGAAUUGUUAAAAUUGUCUGUAAAUCUGGCAUCGGUGCAAUUCUGAAUUUUGUUAUCUAUGAAGAAAGUAUGGCUUCACUUGUGCCUCCCAUUUCUCUCUCUCUUUAUAUUGUUUGUUUUACUGUACAUUUGUCAAUCAUAGGUAAGUUUUAUAUUCCAUACUUUGUAACAGUAUGUACAGGAAGUGUAAACUGCAGUGAAAACGUGUACAUUGCUGUUUUGUUGUGGAGUGUUUGUGUUUUAUGUUUGUGGGUUUCCCAUGUUCAUAAAACUUGUGUUGUGUAAAGUUUUGGUUCCGAACUGUCUAAAUCAUGUUGUUGUUUUAUAGCACAAUUAUAGCCAUUCCUUCUCAUUCCUGGCCUUGAUGUCAUUCAUUAAAUAUAAGGUUCCUUAUUAUGCUAUAAGCUCUGAUUUCUGUAUUGUACUUGGAUGGACUUUGCAUCAAUGACAUCAUUUCUAAUGCUAUUUGUGUCUUGUAUUACAUCUUGCCAUUGCCAAGCUUUGUUGCAGUUAGCUAUGCAUGAAGCUAUGGACAGUAUUUGAUGAUGCAUUGCAUAGUGAUUAGUCUACAAAGUACUACUGUGGAGAGUAUAAAAUUACUAGUUUUUGGGCAUUAUAUUCAUGCUGCAGUUUUCUUUAAAUCACAUUGCAGUCAGAUAUGCACAAAACAAUUUCGUUGUUUGUAGUUCACAAAUUUGUACAAUACAUUCAGAACCAGGUACAUCAAUCAGUCUAGAAUACUCAUAACAUCAUAAUUAUUAGCAAUCUGCUAUUUAGUAACUUUGUGCCUUUUAUCAGAUGUGCAUUAUUUUCAUCAUCAUCAUUUCAUUUAAAGCUUGUUUUCUCUUAUAUUUGGAUGCACAUUAUUGACCAUUGUGUGAGAGAGUGUGUGUGAAUAUAACAUGGAUAUGACCUGGAUGCCAAUCCUAAUUGACACUAUAACAGGCAGACAAAUGCUGUGUUGAGGACAACUAUAACAUGUGGAAGCAGCUGCUAGAUACAAGAGCCAACUGCAACCAUUUGCAGAAGCCAAAGUUGUUUAUACUUUUGUUUGACAGUUGUAACUAUACACACUUUGAAUGAUAGUGUGUGAAAAGGCAUGAAAGCUACCCCAAUGUUUAAGAAGUGGGGGGGGGGGGAAUAAUUUAUUUUAAUGAGAUUUAUGGAUGCUAAAAUAUUAAAUAAAGUUUUCUCUAUCUUUAACAAUGUGGUGGCAGUCAUCACAUGCCUUUGCUUAUAUAUAUCAGUAGCAAUGUUUAACAUAAACUACAAAAUCUUUGUUUUAUCAUCAAAUGCAGGUGCUUAAUGUAGUUGUAAACCCUUGAAAAACCAAGUCUGUGACCUGCUUGUAAUUACUGCUUGAGCCUUUAAGUUCAAUCAUAGUAACUAGUCUAGAGAGGGAACAGUUUCUAUCUGGUUGAAUUACUGUUGAUAGACUAGACAAGCACUUUCUGUAGAGAUGUCCCAGUCAUCUGACAUAUUUUUAAAAAAGCAUUUUCUUCUAUCUUCAACUUCCUGCAAACCAAUUCCAUGUAACAAGAUGAAUAUCUAAAUUCAAAUUUUAAGACGAGUCAUUAAAAUUCCCAGCUCUUCCUCUGUUGUUUCAAGAUUAAUUCUUUAUCUUUGAUUAUGAAAGUAUGUGAGGAACUCUAUCUGUAAUAGCAAUAACAAUAGUGAAGUGUUAAAAUACUCAACCGUUGAUUUAAAUAUUAUCAAUCAAUACCUUGUGAUUAUAUUGACACAUAUUUUACUGUUUCAAUCACUAAAAAUCAAUACUUCACUACUAAUGUAACAUUCAGGAGGUAAAAAAAAAAAUUGUCCUAAAACAAAGUGAUUCAAUGCAAAGAGGGCUGAACAGUUUUUAAGUUUUUGAUGUUUUAGCUGUGGACCUACAACACCACAGUGUUGUGUGGUGUCAAAGAUAGAAUAUUGAUUGCUGUCCUUUGAGCAGGUAUUUCAGUAUCCCUUUGACUCUUUCAUUCAUGCUUCCUCUCUCUGUAUAUGUAUGUAUGUUUGUGAGUGUGUGAUUGGGAGAGAGAGAGAGAGACAGAGAGAAAACAUUUUACUAGGAAGAAGUGCAAUUGUUGUUCCUUGUAAAGCUUCUGCAUACAGAUUUUUAUGAAGAUCUCCAGUGACAGUGUUUCAACAUGAAUCUGCACAGUUCAGACUUUUCCAUUGAAAGAAUCUCUUACAUUCUGACUUCAUGAUUUUGAAACUUUUCUGCAACCAAAUACACCAUUGCAGUUAGUUUAUUCUGUAGUGAUGCCUUUACAAUUUGUCGCUGUAUACAGUCUCAAAAAUAUCUUGUCACAUACCAUUAGAUCUGUGGAAUCUCUAGAUUUCACAGAAUAAACUGUAUUUUUACAUGU